UUUUGAGGCAAGCUGUUAACCCGCACCCUUUGGCCACGAGGACUAUUAUUGGGCAAAAGAAACCCGGAAGUAAAGCAGAGUGUUUUCAAAGCUAGUUGUGCACGUGUUGGAAAUAUGGUCCGAUUCAAGUCGAGGUAUUUACUGUGUGAGGUUUGCGUCCCUGAUCGGAGCAGUCUUCAGCUGUUGGAGGACAGAACCAUCUACAACACACUCCGAGCAGCCGUGAACCGAGCGCACGGCGACUACGGAUCCGCGCUCUUCAACAUAGGGGUGAUAGUGAAAUACCUGAACGCUCACACUGGAGUGGUCCUGAUACGCAGCAGGAAAAAACACUAUCGACUCAUCUGGUCUGCCCUUUCUUUCAUCACCUGCCUCGAGAACAGAGGCCAGAAGGUGCAGUGCUUUCUCAACUGCUUACAUGUCGGAGGAACGAUUAGAACAUGUCAGAAGUUCCUUGUUAAAUAUAACAGACAACAGCUCCACAGAAUGCUGCCAGACUGCAAGACAGAUGCCGAGAAACAAGAGGUUAGGAGAGCGAUCCUGAGCUGUUCCCUGAGUAAUGUCAGAGAGGAGGAAGCUGGUGAAGAUGGGAGCGAUGAUGAUGAUGGUGAUAAAGAGACAUAAAUCCCCUCAAAGAAAAUACUUUGGAUGAGUAGUUUAUCAUGCAGUAAUCUGGGAGAUACUGAUAUUUAAUGUACUGACAUUAAAGGGUUCAUGUGGAGCCUUAACAUUGUUUAUAUCACAAGACACAUUUGUGUAUUUUGUUUUGUGCAGUAUAUCAUUCACAUUACUGAUAUUACUGUAACAACUCUGGUCAUGUGCUGAGUAUAUCAUGUGUAAAUGUAUUUUCUCCUGUAUUCAUUAAAAUAUAUGCUUCUGUUUG